CCAGGUCACCGUGGGGCUUGCUGCCUGCAGGGCUGGGUGUGGCCUCAUGUGCCAGGCUCUGGUAGAGAUUCUUAGCAAAGCCCAGGCCAGUGGCCUCAGUGGGUGCUGUGCUCCCCAGCAGGGUCUUCAUCCCAGCAAGGCAUCGGCUGGGCCUGUCAGGGGUUCAAAGUUCAGGGUCACUUGCUGCUACCCACAACCUGGACUUUGCCCUGUCACCAAAAGCAAAAUGUCCAAUUGGGACCUUCAGCUGUGUGCAAAGGGUCCCCUGUUGCCUGUUCCUGGUGGGAGCCCUGCUGGCCACAGAUGAGACAUGCAGGGGACCUAGAUGCAGUUUGUAUUCUGUUCCCGAUGUCCCAGGUGGGUGGUGCAGGAGGCUCCCCCUGAACAGAGCAGCCUUGCCCAUCUGUCCACCUCAACACCAAGCUUGUCACAGAGUGUGGGCUGAUCCCCAGGGGGCAGCCAGCUGUGAAGGGUGAGGGCCAGUGGGGGACCUGGGCAGUACACAGUUCCUAUCUCCACUGGCCUUAGGUAAUUAGCUGAGUUGUGGGUAGAGGAAGAAGUCCAGAACCCAAGCCCAUGGAGCCUUCCAGAGUGACAGGCAAUCGAGUGUCCCUGGGGGAAAGCCUGCCAUGGGACUCCAGAGGUCUAAAGCACAAAGGCCCUGGGUCAGGACAGGUGACCAGAGUUGAUGUCUGUGCUGUGGACCCAGGUGCCCAGGCAGCUGCCACCUGAUACAGGCCCUGCCCAAGGGCAGUAGAGUGUGCACUUUGCGUUUGGUUGUGUUGGUAUUUGUUUAUUGUAGUGAAAUACACAGCGUACAAUGUACUAUCAUAAAAUGAGCUGGCCAAUGGAUUCAGCAUCUUCAGUUACAGAACAAUCACCGCUAACUCCAGAUGAUUCUGACCAAAGAGGCAAGCCCUAAGCACAGCCCCACAAGUCCACUUCCCUCUGUGGAUGCCUAUAGUGGAAUUCCCUUCCAGGGAGCUCACACUUUGUGGCCCUUGUUUCCGGGUUCCUUGCUGAGCACCAUGUCCUUAAGGUCCCUCCAUGUUGCUAAGUAAUGGUCCAGAGCAUGUACCCAUCAGCCAGGAGAAUUCCCCUGGCUCACAUUGAGACCCACUGAGCACAGUGCCUUCCUUGUGGUGGGAUGGGUAAGGGCAGGCUGUAAGGGUAAAGGCUGGCACAGAGAGUAUGGCUUCCUGCUGUGGGACAGGGAGAGAGCAGAACAUUCAGAUGUCCCCAUGUUGGGAGCUGGCGGAGUCAAAGACCCCAAGCCCCACUUUGGUCCUGGUGGCUCCAGCCCCACACCAGGAAGUAGGCUGAGGUCAUGGGUACUCUGGCUGACCACUUCCCUGUUGCUGGGACACCUUUGUCCCUGUCAACAAUGGCCCAGGGCCUUGGUGGCCCGAGCCUCUGAGAAGCAGAGGUGGACAUGGAGAACCUGAGACGGGAGGCUUCUCAGCCGUUUGUGCCCUCGGGCACCCUGGAACUCUACUUCCCUGCCCUCCUAUACAGCAAUGACUACCUGUCCCUGGAGGGGCCCCGCUGGGCGCCGGCCGUCAAGCAGGCCACGCGCUGGAAGUUCACGCCCAUGGGACAGGACGCCGCCGGCCAGGUGUGGUUCACCGGCCUGACCAACUCGGAGCCACGCGAGGCCUGGUACAUGCUGCCCAACGCGCUCGACAGCCCGUACCGCGAGGCCCUGGCGCGCUGGCACGGUUGCUUCGAGAGUCGCCAGCGCGGACUGCCCUCGGCCUACACGCAGCGCCUGCGGGAGACGGCCUUCUGGGACCCCACGCUGCCUGCGCAGUACCUGGGCGCGGGCACGCGCUGGGGGUGUGUGCCCUGGAGGGACAGGCGUGUGCGCGGCAAGGAGUUCGGUGAGCAGCGGGGCUGGGGCUGGGGCCGGCCGGGGCGGGGCGCGCGGGUCACCCGUACUCCCAGGGCAGGGGCAGCCCGGGCUGCACCGAGUCAAACUCGAAGAGACCCUGUGUCAGUAAAGAGCACGCAGUGGGUGGGGCGGGUCGCGGAAGCGCCGGGGCCAGGUGUGGGCGUGGCCGCAUGGUCAGCAGGAAACCAGUUUGGGGUGGAGCAGCCCAAGCGGUCCAACUACGUGCCCCACCUGUCGCCGCCACAGCGGCCGCGCUACACCUCGCAGGACUUCAGGCAGCGCGGCGGGGAGCGCCCCUGCCCCGCCACCGGGCAGCCGCCCCCCGCCUUCACGCCCGCGCUCUGAUAAAGCCCUCCUGCCGACCCGCGCCUGCCUGCGCCUCCCUCGCCGGCGACCGUCCUCCGGUUCCCGGCCGUCCCAGGGCUGCCCGAGGCCACGGCUGGGGCGGGGCACCCAGGGCGCAGAGAGCUUGGCCAGGUAUCACCCCGCACUCGCACUCCGUGCCCUCUGACCCCACGCAGGUGGGGGGCGGGGGUAGGGUGUCGGCCUGGUCCUCCGUCCAGUUGCCCUGGGGAGCCAAGUCAGGGCCGGUCUCCGAGGUCCCCUGAAGUGGAGGAGCAGGGUGGCAUUGGGAAGGGCGGGUCCCAGGUCGCACCCCCAGCCUCCCCCACCCAAGCCGCCGCCAUGGAGACUCACGGGCGCGAAUGCGGAUGGGCCAGAUGAGGAGGCUGCAGAGGGCCAGGGCCGCGGCCACACCCACGCCGCCCGUCACGGCCACCAUCACCCAGUGGUAGAAGCCAACGCAGGCCCCGCAGCACAGCUCGGAACUAGGGGCAGAAGGCGGGCUGAGGGCCCCUGGGGACGGCUGCUGCACCCCUGCAGCUGCAGCACCCCUGCGACAGCCCUCCGUGGCUCCCAUCCCGAGUUCCAGGGCACCCUAGGCCUACACACACCCACACAGACACAGUUCCCCUGCAGCCCACAGCCCUACCCGGUCGGUUCCUGAGCUCCAGCAUGGGCUCGGUCCUGCCCCAGGGCCUUUGCACGGGCCCUGCUGUGGUACCGAGGCUCCUAACGGUUCAGGUUCUCAGGAACCCUCCCAGCCUCCUGCCCAACCCCGACUCCUGCGACUGCACCUUCCUACCCCCACACUCAACUCCACUUCUGCAUUAGCCGCUCAGGACACGGCUGGCUCAGGAACCCACGCCCUGAGGGGUCCGAGUGGG